GUUUUAGUCGGCAGAGCCUUGUAAUGCUGAGUAGCAUGAUAAGCAUGAUAAGGAGCAAGGAGCAGAAAAAGUUGACAUGGGGGCUAAUUUUCAGUUGAAAAAAAACGCUGGCAUUAGUUAAUCAGCUGAGGGCGUAUUCAUUGCAAUAACAACGUGAGCUAAUCAACAAGUACCACAUGUUCUAAUACUAGAGCAUUAGAACAUGUUAGACUCAGGCAAACGCCCUGAAAUGUUCUGUCUCGCUUCUAAACACUUCUCUGUUAUUUGGUGAACACCUAAAUCUCUUUAUUCCCUCCUUUCCUUGCAUUUGUGCUUCUAUAUUUUCAUUCAACACGGGCAGCACACGAUUCGUCACGGAAAAGAUAAGGUCUCCAGUCUACUAUGGAUGAGGAGAGAGAGGAGGGGGCUCCUACCUCUAAAACCACUCUGUCUGGGGAACAUUGCCGCCAGAGCAAAGCUAAGAGCCCAGAGCAGUGGGAGAGAGCAGACUCCCCUGGACCCAGCUGUGUCUCCUUGAAGAGCGACUGGUCUAUGGAUGAUCCUCCUUACUUUAGAGAUGGAAAUCAGUCUAUUAAGAAGAGAAGAGUCCAGAAGGAGAGAGCAGACUCCCCUGGACCCAGCUGUGUCUCCUUGAAGAGCGACCGGUCUCUGGAUCGUCCUCCUGACCUUAAAGAUGGACGCCCUUCAAGAGAGGAGAGGCGUCCCCAGGAGAGGUCAAAGGUUACCAGUGCUCAGUCUGUACAGCAGAAUCAAACAGAGCUGAUCAAGAGGGCUGAGGAGAACGCACACGCUUUUCUAGACAAGGAGCUGAAGAAGCUCUGGAGGGAUCUCUUCUCAGAUUACUCACAAUGCUCAGAGAGUCAGAGGGAGAAGGAGGAGGAGGAUGGUAAGAACGAGGAGCGGAGGAGGCGCGCCAUAGCGGGAGUGGUAGACAUCACAAAGCUCUGCCUGAUGGAGAUGAACCAGGAGGAACUGGCCGACAAGCUGGGGAGUGGAGCUGAUGCGGUCCAGUGGCAACAUGAACUCAAGGCUCAUCUGAGGAAGAAGUUCCACUGUGUGUUUGAGGGAAUCGCUAGAGCAGGAGAGCAGAGACCUCUGAAUGAGAUCUACACAGAGCUCUUCAUCACAGAGAGAGGCAGUGGAGAGGUCAACAUGGAACAUGAGGUCAGACUGAUUGAAAAGGCAUCCAGGAAAACAGCCAAUGAGGAAACACCAAUCAGAUGUGAAGACAUCUUUAAACCUUUACCUGGACAAGAUAAACCAAUCAGAACAAUAAUGACAACUGGAGUGGCCGGCAUUGGUAAAACUCUCUUAACACACAAGUUCACUCUGGACUGGGCCGAAGGCAAAGCCAACCACGACAUAGACUUCACAUUUCUCCUCACUUUCAGAGAGCUGAAUUUAUUGAAAGGGAAAGAGUUUAGCUUACUGAAACUUCUUCAUCAGUUUUCUGUUGAAACCAAAGAAUCAGAAAUCUACAGAUACGACCAUGACCAAGUAGUCUUCAUCUUGGAUGGUCUGGAUGAGUGUCGACUUCCUCUGGACUUCCAGAACAACCCGAUCUGGACUGAUGUCACCGAGCCGACCUCAGUAGACGUGCUGCUGACAAACAUCAUCAGGGGAGUCCUGCUUCCCUCUGCCCACAUCUGGAUAACCACACGCCCUGCCGCAGCCAAUCAGAUCCCUGCUGAGUGUGUUGACAUGGUGACCGAGGUGAGAGGGUUCACCGACCCACAGAAGGAGGAGUACUUCAGGAAGAGAUUCAGAGAGGGGACACUGGCCAGCACAAUCAUCUCGCACGUCAAGAAAUCUCGAAGCCUCCACAUCAUGUGUCACAUCCCAGUCUUCUGUUGGAUCACUGCUACAGUUCUAGAUGACUUCUUCAAAACAUCCCAGAGAGGAGAAGAGGUGCCCAAGACCGUGACUCAGAUGUACAGCCACUUCCUGAGGGUUCAGUCCAUACAGGGGGACAGGAAGUAUCAUGGGAGAGCUGAAACCGAUCCACACUGGAGUUUGGACAGCAGGGAGAUCAUUGUUUCUCUGGGGAAACUGGCUUUCAACCAGCUGGAGAAAGGCCAGCUGAUCUUCUACGAGGCAGACUUGGCAGAGUGUGGCAUCGAUAUCAGAGCAGCCUCAGUGUACUCAGGAGUGUUCACCCAGAUAUUUAAAGAGGAGUUUGGCCUGCACCAGGACAGGAUGUUCUGCUUUGUCCAUCUGAGCAUCCAGGAGUUUCUGGCUGCCCUUUAUGUCUUUCUGUCCUACAUCAGCACUGGUGUCAACCUGCUCUUAGAAGAACAUCCAACCUCCAGGGAAGCUGAACUCCUCCUCCUCUACCAGAGUGCUGUGGACAAGGCCUUACAGAGUGAGAACGGGCACCUGGACUUGUUCCUCCGCUUCCUCCUGGGCCUCUCUCUAGAGACCAAUCAGAUGCUCCUACAAGGUCUGCUGGGACCAAGAGGAAGUAAAUUACUGGACAAUCUAACAAAAAACGUUCCAUCGGGGCAGGCAGGAAGGAGGUCACAACUCAAUAACCAAAUAGUCCAUUACAUCAAGGAGAAGAUAGGUGGUGAUCUCUCUCAAGAGAGAAGCAUCAACCUGUUCCACUGUCUGAAUGAGCUGAAUGACAGUUCUCUAGUGGAGGAGAUCCAACAGUACCUGUCGUCAGGAAGACUCUCCACAGAAUCUCUCUCCUCUGCUCAGUGGUCAGCUUUGGUCUUCAUCGUACUGACAUCAGAAGAGCAGCUGGACGUGUUUUAUCUGAAGAAAUACUCUGCUUUUGACGAGGGUCUUCUGAGGCUCCUGCCAUUGGUCAAAGCCUCCAAAACAUCUCUGCUGAACAGCUGUAAGCUGUCAGAGAGAUGCUGUAAAGCUUUGGCCUCAGUUCUCAGCUCCAACUCCUCUAGUCUGAGAGAGCUGGACCUGAGUUCCAAUCGUCUGCUGGAUUCAGGAGUGAAGCUGCUCUCUGCUGGACUGGGGAGUCCACACUGUACACUGGAAACUCUCAGGCUGAAUAGCUGUCAUCUGUCAGAGAGAUGCUGUGAAGCUCUGGCCUCAGUUCUCAGCUCCAACUCCUCUAGUCUGAGAGUGCUGGACCUGAGUAACAAUGAUCUGCAGGAUUCAGGAGUGAAGCUGCUCUCUGCUGGACUGGGGAGUCCACACUGUACACUGGAAACUCUCAGGCUGAAUAGCUGUCAUCUGUCAGAGAGAUGCUGUGAAGCUCUGGCCUCAGUUCUCAGCUCCAACUCCUCUAGUCUGAGAGAGCUCGACCUGAAUACCAACGACCUGCAGGAUUCAGGAGUGAAGCUGCUCUCUGCUGGACUGGGGAGUCCACACUGUACACUGGAAACUCUCAGGUUGUCUGGCUGCCUGGUCACACAGGAAGGCUUUGCUUCUCUGGCUUCAGCCCUGAGCUCCAACCCCUCCCAUCUGAGAGAGCUUGACCUGAGCUACAAUCACCCAGGAGACUCAGGAGCUGCCCUGCUCUCUGCUGGACUGGAGGAUCCACCCUGGAGACUGGACACUCUCAGUGUGGAGCACAGUGGAGUGUGGAGACUGAAACCAGCUCUAAAGAAGUAUGCCUGUGAACUCACACUGGACCCAAACACAGCCCACAGACGACUCUCUCUGUCUGAGGACAGCAGGAAGGUGACGCGGGUUGAAGAGGACCAGUCGUAUCCGGAUCACCCAGAGAGAUUUGACACCUGGGGGCAGGUGUUGUGUAGAGAGGGUCUGACUGGCCGCUGCUACUGGGAGGUAGAGUGGGGAGGAUGGGUUGAUAUAGGAGUGGUAUACAGAGGAAUGACAAGGAGAGGAGCGGGUGAUGACAGCAGGCUUGGAUUGAACAACAAGUCCUGGAGUCUUGUUUGUGAUGACGACACUGAUGCUGCUCUCUACACUGCCUAUCACAACGGUAGUUCAACAUCCAUACGUCUCCCCCCCCCUUGCUCUAACAGAGUAGUAGUGUAUCUGGACCGGCCCGCUGGCUCUCUGUCCUUCUACAGAGUGUCCCCAGGAGGAGGAGGGUCCUCAGACACACUGACACACAUCCACACCUUCCAGGCCUCCUUCACCCAGGAGGUCCUCCUCCCUGGGGUUGGGUUACAUAGGAGUGGUUGCUCAGUGUCUCUGGGAGUGUCCAUUGUAGACACACAAACACACACAGACACAUGGAAAAGCACACACAUGUAGACAGUCAUAAACACACCCAAACCAACAAACACAAAAGUACAUAGAAAGUAACACACACGCACACAAACAAACACAUCGCACUCUAUAAACACACACACACACAAGUACACAGACUUAUUUACACACACACACACACACACACACACACACACACACACACACACACACACACACACACACACACACACACACACACACACAUCCUUCAUGGAUCUAAACCCACAUCAGGUCAGUGUGCCGGUGGUAAGCAGCAGGUAACAUCAGUUUCUCUCGUGGUUCAUCUCUCAGCCCUCUCUGUGUUCAGCUGGGCUGCUGAGCGUCAGAUUAGAGGGGGCCGCUUGGGUCUGGGGGGUCCUCACAGUCCUGACGUUGUUGAGGACCAGCUGUUAGGGGGACGUUUGAAUACCUGUGGACCCAUGGACGUACCUGUAGUGCAUCGGGUUGUUGAGCAGCGGCUGUUGUUGCUCUGAGGGGUCAACCCGUUCAGUGGAAGUACAACACUUUGUGAUUGAUUUAAAUACUCCACUGAACUCCAAAUGCUGCAUUUUAUUGGGGUUCUGAAAGGUUCAGCAUAAACCAUGAAAGGAAGAUCUUCCUUUGGGUUAAGCAGGUUGAACAAAGAUUUACUUUCUGAUGUAAAAUGUGUUUUAAUUGUUGAUUGAUGGUACGCUAUUUUACUACAUUAUUUAAUAUAUUUUCAACAUUGUUUUAAAGGAAUACAAAAUCAGUUUAUAUUUUGCCAUGCCUGACAUGGAAUGUGAUUUAAAGCAGAUUUAACAACAUAAUCAUGAAUGAUGAUAAGGGUUCUAUGGGAAAGGGUAACAAUGUUGUAAAUUACUUAAAACAGAAGAUAGUUUCUUUGUGUUCUGUUGGGAACAACAAGUCAACAUGUUCAUUCAUUAUGAUUUGUAAUUGUUCAUAAAGCAUAAUGUUAAUAAACAACUCAGUCGAUCAACUGAA